AUGGAAAAGCUUUUGCAGAUAGGCAAAGAAUUCGGAUUGGAGGGAGAAAAGCUGCUUGAGUUUGUAGAAAAACAACAAAAGUUAGAAGAUGAAAAAAGAAGAAAAACGUCGAAAACUUGAGGAAGAAAGAAGGAGAGAGGAGGAAGAGAAGGAAGAAAAACGUAGACAGUUAGAAGAUGAAAAGGAAGAGAGACGUCGAAUACUUGAGGAAGACAGAAGAAAGGAAGAAGAAGAGAAGGAGGAAAGGCGUAGAAGAGAAGACGAAGAAAAAGAAGCUAGGCGGCAAGAACCCGAUCUGAGAAAAUUGGAGCUGGAAGCGGAACUGUUANAAUUCAAUUGUUUGCCGACUACAGUAACCAGAAAAAGGACAGUUCAAGAAGAAGGAGUUACAGCGAAAGUAAGAGGAACUGCUACGAGGAAGUAUAUCAAGUGUGUUUGCUGUGAACUACUGCUGUGGGAAUGGAAAAGCUUUUGCAGAUAGGCAAAGAAUUCGGAUUGGAGGGAGAAAAGCUGCUUGAGUUUGUAGAAAAACAACAAAAGUUAGAAGAUGAAAAAAGAAGAAAAACGUCGAAAACUUGAGGAAGAAAGAAGGAGAGAGGAGGAAGAGAAGGAAGAAAAACGUAGACAGUUAGAAGAUGAAAAGGAAGAGAGACGUCGAAUACUUGAGGAAGACAGAAGAAAGGAAGAAGAAGAGAAGGAGGAAAGGCGUAGAAGAGAAGACGAAGAAAAAGAAGCUAGGCGGCAAGAACCCGAUCUGAGAAAAUUGGAGCUGGAAGCGGAACUGUUAAAGCAAAAAGAAGCUAUUGAAGCUGCUAAGAGAGAGCACAAACUAGAGCUUGCUCGUCUAGGACAAGGCUGUAACGAUACCGAACGUGCUGAAGUGAGAGAGGAUAGGGCCAAGGUACCCAAGCUUCCCUCAUUUGUUGAUGACAAGGAUGACUUGGAUGCUUACCUACAACAAUUUGAGAGGUUCGCAACUACAGCUAAAUGGGAGAAGACAGGAUGGGCUUCGAAACUUAGUGCUCUUUUGUCUGGGCAUGCUCUAGAGGUUUAUUCACGAUUAUCUGAGGAGGUAGCCCAAGAUUAUGAUCGAGUAAAGUUAGCUUUGAUGAAGAGAUAUGACCUUACAGAGGACGGAUAUCGUCGUAAAUUUAGAGCAUCAAAGCCGGAAGUUGACGAGAGUCCUGAACAGUUUAUAGUGUGACUGGAUAGAUACUUGUUGCGUUGGUUAGAGCUGUCGAACACUGAGAAUUCUUUUGAAGGCCUGAAAGAUUUAAUUGUAAAAGAACAAUUUAUUGACGCAUGUCCAAAAGAGUUAGCUAUUCACCUUCGUGAAAGAGCCCCGGAAACGCUUGUUCAGAUAGCAAAGAUUGCCGAUCAGUACUUGGAAGCACACGGAAAGCAUCUGUUUAGCUCUGCGAGCAAGAAGCUACAAGUACAGCCCAAGGUGGAUGAAUCAAAGAAUCAGCAGAGUGAUUCAACGACAGUAGUGUGUUUCAAGUGUAACGCUCGUGGCCACAGGGCUGUUAAC